AUGCAUCGUAUCUUCCUCCAAGAGGGAGCUCGGCCGAUUAGACAAUCCCAAAGAAGACUUAACCCCACUAUCCUUGAUGUAGUGAAAAAGGAAGUCACAAGGCUACUUGAUGCGGGUAUUAUAUAUCCGAUUUUUGAUAGUGAAUGGGUGAGUCCAGUCCAAGUUGUUCCAAAGAAAUCGGGAAUCACUGCUGUCAAGAAGGAGGAUAGUGAAGUGGUCACCACAAGAGUACAAAAUUCUUGGCGGGUGUGCAUCAAUUAUAGGAAGUUGAAUGCCGCAACAAGGAAAGGCCACUACGCUUUGCCAUUCAUUGACCAGAUGUUAGACCGACUUGCAGGAUUCUAUAGGCGCUUUAUCAAGAAUUUCAGCAAGAUUGUAUUGCCAUUAUCGUGCCUACUUCAAAAGGAUGUGGACUUUGAAUUUGAUAGUGCUUGUGUGGAAGCAUUUGAGGAGUUGGGGAGAGCUCUUACCACGGCACCAAUUGUGAGGGGCCCUGACUGGACCCAGCCGUUCGAGAUUAUGUGCGACGCGUCAAAUCAUGCCGUAGGUGCCGCGCUUGCACAGCGCAAUGGUAAGCUCCCUUACAUCAUUGCUUAUUCCUCAAAGACAUUGGAUGCAACACAAUCCAACUAUACCACUACGGAGAAGGACCUCUUAGCUAUUGUUCAUGCAGUGGAUAGAUUUAGAUCUUAUUUGCUAGUCUCUAAAAUAGUGGUAUAUACGGAUCAUGCAACUUUGAAGUAUUUGUUGACGAAGAAUGAGUCAAAACCUAGGCUCAUGCGUUGGAUCUUUCUCUUGCAAGAAUUUGACGUUGAGAUUAGGGAUCGAAACUUUAUGAGGCCAUUUCCUAAUUCAAGUGGAUAUUUGUACAUUUUGCUAGCGGUUGAUUAUGUAUCAAAGUGGGUAGAAGCGAUACCUACCUGUCUUGAUGAUGCUAACACUGUGGUAUCCAACCGGGAGAUUAAGCGAAUUUCGGAAAAGGUGGUGAAUCCACAAAGGAAGGACUGGAGCUCUCAGUUGGGAGAUGCACUGUGGGCAUAUAGGACGGCCUAUAAGACUCCGUUAGGGAUAAGCCCCUUUCGGAUUGUCUAUGGGAAGGCAUCUCACCUCCCGGUUGAAAUUGAGUAUAAGGCCUAUUGGGCGGUUAAGCAGUGUAACAUGAAUUUCAUUGAGGUGGGUAUAGCCAGGAAAUUGAAACUAGAGGAACUUGAAUGCCUUAGGAAAGAGGCCUAUCAAAAUGCGAGGAUUUACAAGGAGCAAACUAAGGCAUUCCAUGAUCACUAUAUCCGCAAGAAGGAUUUUCGAGAGGGUGACGAUGUUCUUCUUUACAACUCAAGACUUAGAUUCAUGCCCAGAAAGCUCCGUUCAAGGUGGGAUGGUCCCUUCAAGGUGAAGGAAGUAAAGCCCUAUGGUGUGGUCGAACUAUUCCACCCUCAAAGUGGUGCAACAUUCAAAGUUAACGGCCACAAGGUAAAGAAGUAUCAUGGCUACAAGUCACCGAAGGAGUUAGAAGUGUUCCUACUUCAGGAUGCACCCAACGGAGGAGAAGUUUAA